GCGAUCCCGUUUUUUUUGCGUAAGCUCAGCUGCAACGGAGACGAAACCGAGAACAAACCGUGCAAAGCGGAACGCGAACGCAAGGAAGCGGAGGAAUAGUUCAAAUUUGUUUUUUCAACCACCUCGACAUAUACCGAACGAGUGAGUGUCCGUGUGUCCUUCGCUCAACAAUACGACCAGCUUCGUCUGCCGGCCACAGUGAUGUUGUGAAGUUUGCGAAACCCAAGUGCGCGCGCCACGACAGGGUCAAGAAGGAAAAGCCCUGCAAAGUUACCGUAGCCUACCUCUGAUGGUGGCAAGAAAAUUGAUCACAGCAACUCGUUCGUUUUGCGUUUGUGCCUGUGUACACACACACACACACACCGAGUGAUACAAAAUUUGAUCGAUCGAAGCAAGUGAAGCGCAAGCAAUAACAAGUGCAAGUGUGUUUGCGUUUGUGUGUAAGUGUGCGGCCAUGUGUAACAAAUGAUAACGCAAAGUGUUGCCACAAUUUAACGACACCGACACGGGGAAGCGCUGCUGCCUUCAUUUGCACACCCUUCUUUGUUUCUGUUUUUGCGCGCGAAUCAUCAUAUCGGAAAUUUUGAAUAUUUAAUUUUCAUCAACGAAAAAAGAACCUAAAAAAUUGCAAAAACGAAGGCACAUCUUCAAGAAAGGAAUUCAGGAAGCACAACAACGACCAAGAAGCUCAUCAACACAUCAUCCGUCGCCGGAAUAUCUUUACGUAUAUAUAUUUUUUUUUAUUUCGACAUUGUUUAUCAUUCCCCGAACCUUUGAUUGCUGCUGCCCCCCACCGGUCAGCAAUAACGGCCCCUCGCAGUGAUCAGUUCAGGUCAUGGUGUUUAUAAAUAACAGAGAUGAGUAUUUACCAUUCCUGAAAGCGCCAGGAGUAAGAAUGCAAACUCCUUUGGUUAACAACGUGACGACGACCACUACGACACUAAACCGAGACGUUGCAGCGCAGGUGCAACAGCAGCAACAACAGCAGCUUGGCAACAUUAACAACAACAACGCGACCACCAACAAUAACAUCAACGCGAAUACACUCAUCAACAACAACAACAGCAUCACGUGCGGCACGUUGAAUGUGAGCAACAACAUAAACAACAACAACAGCCUCAACAACAAUGGCCAGCCGCAGGUUGCCCGGGCCCUGCUCAUCUGCCGACCGAAUUCUCAUCCGUUUAAUAAUCGAACACUUUACCUUGAGCCCGGCGCCCAAGCUAAGGUAGGACGGUCGGUGGCGAGAAUACGCGUCUCGGAAAACAAUGCAAUCUUCGACUGCAAGGUGCUGUCGCGCAACCAUGCCGUGCUGUGGUACAAAGAUGGUCGUUUCUUCAUCAAGGAUACGGGCAGCAGCAAUGGCACGUUCAUCAACAACAUUCGCCUCAGCCAGACGUGCACCGAGUCGGAGCCGCACGAGAUCAGCUCGGGCGACAUCGUGCAGUUCGGCGUGGACGUUAUGGAGAAUACGCGGCGCGAAACGCACGGCUGCAUUACGGCCACGCUCAAGCUCUUCCUGCCGGACGGCCGGGAAACGAAGGCCAGCCAGAAGGUGGGCAUCGGGGGUCAGAGCGCCAUCAUACCGCCGGUCGAUCUGUACCGAUUGAAUCAGUACAUCCAGGAGGCGAAUCAGCGCGAACAGAUACUCGAGACGAAGCUGAUCAGCCUGCAGAAGAUGGUUGAGUCGACCAAGCAAAAUUCCUUCCUGGGCUGGCAGGCGAUGAUCGACGAGGAUCGGCUGCUGAGUCGGAUCGAUAUGCUGGAGAAGAAGCUACAGUACUGCCAGAAGAACAUCACCGAGGACAAGCUGCGGGAGGAGCUGCUGAAGCUGGUGGACGAGAAGGAGGAGUACCAGAACGCGGCCAAGGAGGCUAUGUACAAACUGCACCAGGAGCGGCACGAAGCCGUGCACAAGCAGAUCUCGCUCGAGAAAGCACUCUGCACCAGCGAGGAUGAGUGUUCGCUGUUGCGGGAGCAGCUGACCAAAACGAAGCAGCAGUUGCAGGAAAUGACCGUCUGUAUGGAUACGCUGAAGAGCCAGUACGAUGAAAAGGUGGCGUCGAGCGAGGAGCAACUGAAGGCGAAAGAGUCCGAAAUCACCAGUCUCACGCACAAGCUCGACCACUUCGUUGACGUUUAUGCGAUCGGAUCAUCAGACGAUGAGCAGCAGCAGCAACAGCAACAGCAGAUACACAGUUCGGCCAUGUCGAACUGGUUGAAGAACUCAGAUAUUAAGAAACUGGAAGGAUCUGAAGACAUAAUUAAGGCCAUUUGUAAUGAUACUCAGGAAAGCGAGAUUACCGGUAGUGAUUACACGGAAGGACUGACGAAGCUGCAACGACGCAUUAAUACGCUUGAGAAAAAUUUCACCCUACUAUUCGGAGGAGACCUAAAGUCGGAAAAUGAAUCAGGCGACUCAAACGAUCUAGAGAACGAUACAACGGACCCGAUCGAGCUGACGGGGACAACCAAUGCGACAACGAUCCCGGCCGGUGAUGCACAACCAGAUGAUGACGCACCCGCCGGAGACGCAAGCACGCUAGUGCGUGGAGCAGAAAAUGGACCGGCGGCGACGCUGCUGCCGGUGGAAUGCGAUGGCAAUCAGAACGAUGUGAACAGUGCCAGUCCCACCAGCAAUCGCAACGGUGCUGGGGAUGGCGAGGAUGCCGGUGUUGGCGCUACGACGCAAAGCGAACAGGGUGGAGCUGUGCCGGAGGGACAGGAAACGGUUGUUGGAGGCGGUGCAACGACGGUACCCGUGACGGCCGCUGCUCCGCCGUACGGCGGCCAGGCAGCAGAUCAGAUCAAUCAGAACGUGCUGAAGCGGAACAUUCGGCUGAUCAAGAACGACUGCAUGACGCUGUUGCGGCAGGUCGAGCGAACGAUAGCGCAGAAACAAUCGGAACAGAUCAUCCAGAAAGCCAAGUACGACGAGCUGGAGACGGAGCUGUUGGCGUUCAAGGCGGAACUGGAAAGCCGACCGAAACAGGACGAGCUGGAUCAGAAGCAGCAGCUUUGUGAUAGCCUCGCCGAGAACCUUUCGACGCUAAGGAGCGAGGUAGAUGAGCUGCGCACGCUCAACGAUCGCUGUCAGCUAGAGAUGGAGCGCAUGGAGAUCGAGCUGCUGAAGCAGAAAAAUAUCGAAAACGAAAAGAUCAGUGCAAUGGCCGCAGCUGCGGCAGCAGCGGCGGCGGCGACGGCGGCAGCAGCCUCAGCCACUCAGCCAUCCGCCGAGGAAACGGUUUCGGUUGUGGUUAAGGAAGAGCAGGAAUUGCUGCAAACCAGUGCCACCGAACCGACGGAAAAGUCCUCCUCGAAGCCGGAAUCGGAAUCAACGGCAAAGGACGCAGUGAAGGAGGAGCAAUCCCACCACCAGCAAACGCAAGAAACGCUGAUGAUGAUGCCGACGACGCUGCUGGUGGUGACGGACAAUGCACCGGUGGCGGAAAUGCCCUCGCCCGUCCUAAUACCCACGGUACCGAUGGUGGACGUGGAAACGCAAACCGACGCGCCUCCCGAGGUGCCUGUGGUGGUGGUGCCGAGUAUGCCCGUACCAGAUCUACCUCUAGCGGCCGCGGCCCCGUCCGAUGCGACCGAUACGAGUGGCGAUGGAGGCGACGCGUCGAUCUGCUCCAAUCUGGACGAUCUGGACGACGAUGACGAGGACGAUGACGAGAAGACGGAAACCAUCGAAGCGACCGCCCUGUACAAUGCGCCGGUGUUGGACAUGGUCAUUGAUCCCAUUGCCGCAGCACCCCGCGAUGUCAGUGUGACGGACAAACCGUGCGAAGGUAGCCGCAAUGGGGGCAGUGCUCUGCUGAUGGCUUACCCCGCGGACGAUGCCACCGGCGACGGUAAGGAGGAGCAGCUGGGGACGAGCGCGAUCGAUUACGAGCUGGCCAUGAUCAACCAUCCGGAUGUGCAGCGGGAGGAGGAACUGAUCGCGUUCAAGGAGAAGUACUCCCACCUGAGCGAGGAGCACGUGCGGCUGAAGCAGCAGCUGCAGCAGCUGUCCCAGGACCUGAGCCAAUCCCGGCACUGGUUGGCACUGCAGAUAGCGGCCUGCAUCGUGCCAGUCUUGGCCAUAGUUUGCUACUUUCUGAUCGGUCGUUCGUAAUGCUUGGUUUGAGCGUCGCAAUCUGUGGGUUAUAGAGAGAGAUAUGCCAGGCACACAAGGGGCAUUAGUUUAGCUCGAAAAGCACUCCCGACUCGGUAACAACACCUUUUGCCACGGAAGAGGGAGACGCGAAACAAGAGACAGGAAAAGGGAGUGCGCGUAGUAGUAGUGAAAUAUAAAUGAAUGAUGAGUUGCUGCAGGAUUAAAUUGUUGUUCAGAAAUGGUUAGUUUUCCAGUUUCUUUUUUUUUACUUUAUCUUUUACUAUUACCUUUUUGUUUUUUUGUGUUGAAGUGCAACGCCCGUCUGAGAGGAAGCCAAGCGAAAAUGGGGCAAAAAAAUUAUCUCGUUAUAUCGUUAGUGUACCGUUAGUUAACAAGAAAUGAAAGGAGACAACGCCCACACACACACCCCCAUAAUGUUUCUUUUUUUCUAUUCUGUUGUUUAUAGAUAUUAUUUAUUACUAAAACAUUUGCAAAAUGGUCCGCACCAGCCAGAAGCGGGGUUGUGGGCGGUUUUGGUCAGUGCAGGGGUGUUGUUGAGUGUCUGUGUACUGUCCGGCUAGUAGAAUUGUGAAGUGAAGUGUAGCUUUAUUGAAAUGUUUGCUUUUUUUGUUGCAUUAUAACCCGGUGGCAAUAAUCUUCCGUUUCUGUUGUGGGAGGGAAAACAAUCUCACUUUACAUAUUAAACCCAAUCCCCCUCCACGCACACACACAAGCAUACAAACCGCAAAGAAGAAUCCCUCCUUCCGCCGUUGUAAAUUCAUAUAAUCGACAGUACUGUAUUUAUUAACCAUUAAAUCCGGACGCUAAUUUUAUCGGCAAACGCUUCUACCGAUGAAAUGUGCCCUCCCCCCCUUACCCUCGGGAAAAGGAGAAGAAUCAAUAAUUAAUAUUACUAAUAAUACAGUUUAAGACACAGAGCGGGAGAGAAAGAGAAGAGUGCGGAUGAAAUAUCAGAAAAGUAGGCCAAGAAUACUGUUGGAUGUGUAGGACGAGGAGGAGAAAAAGGACCGAUGGGGGAGUCCGAAAUCGCUGUACCAGUUAAACAUGACGAGCAAUAAGCAAGUGUGUGUAAGGAUUGCGCCUGAAUGAUUGCAUGAUAAUGCAAGUGCGUGCGUGUCUGUGUGUUGUGAGUGUGUGAGUGAUAAAGUGAAAUCCGAAUGCAAAAGUGUGUGGGAAGAAAGUUAUGGAAGAAAUGUUUGUAACGACGAUGGUAGGCGAUGUGUGCAGAGUAACAGAGGCGUGCUUCUCUCUUGCAGGGCUUCAGUUUCUCCUUGUUCCCCGUUGAAUACGAAGUCCGCAAGGCCAAAUUCAUCACCUUCCGCGUGUGUGUGUUUGUCUCCUAUGCACCGACUCGCAUGAGCGUGUGUGAGAACAGCAAGGGACA